AUGGCCAUGAAUAAACCGCUCUCAGAUCUCCAAGCGACCGGAUAUAGGCUGCGCAAGUCACAUGAGAAGUCCCGUAAUGGCUGCCUCAGAUGCAAGCAGUUACGCAAGAAGUGCGAUGAAGCCAGACCGAAAUGCUCACGUUGCACCAGACUCUCGUACACAUGUCAAUAUCAACACCGUCCGAAUACCAGCGAAUCGGACACAGAGCCGACGGGUUUCCCGAACUCGGAGAUUGAAUUCGCUGGAUCCGAACUGACAUCGAGGCGGCUCUCGAGCGAUCGUCCAUCGGGUCCUAUCACUCCCUCCAUUGGUCAACUUCCCCUUUCGCCACAAUCAAAUGGCGAGGAAGAUAUACCCGGCUUAGACCUACCCUCCCCGGAUCCUCUCAACGCGACCGAACUCAAUCUCCUAGCUCAUUACCUCUCGCACACUAGCCAAACGAUCCCAUUCGAUUCUCUCGAUCUCUACGCUCUGGCUGUCGGAGUACCUAAUCUUGCCUUCAAAUGCAAGGCUGUCAUGUCAUCCCUGCUAAGCCUGGCAGCAGCAUGCAAAUGCCACGACAUAGCAAAUGAGAACACCCAAAGACCCCUCGACACACGGACCUUAACAGAGAUCAAUGACCUCCUUGCGUUAGCCGAACGCCAUCACGCGGCAUCUCUCCGCCACAUCCAAGCCACGAUGCAAAUAACCGAAUCCUACGAUAACGUCCUCGCCAAUGCAGCAUUGAUGGUCUUGUACGCAUCGGCCAGCCACUCCAUUCGUGUCCGUCUGGCAGCCACAGCUGAGAAAUAUGGACAGAGGCUGCCGAAAGAAUUAUUGCCGCAACAUUCGCAGUGGAUUUCGUUCACACGCGCAGCGCAUACCGCAUCUAGUGCUAUACUCCAUGAUAUUGUUAACGCUACUCCUUCCAGCAGCACGGUGGUGGAUACGGGAUCAGAGUCCCAUGGAACAACAUCAAGUCCUUCAUCACCGCAAGGCGGUCCAUCUCCGAAAACGAAGAGCUUAUUCCUCCCGCUCGUUGCAUCUACCUGUAAUCGAGCUCUUGGAAAUCUUCGUAGGAGAGCAGAACGCACAACUGCAGAGCAGCGUUCCUCUGCUUUAUGUAGCGCGAUUGGCCAGCGACGGGCUCACGCAUUACUGGAAACCAUAAAUAUCCUGGAGAGCUGUGCAUCAGCAGCGCUAUCGCCAGGGGCAAGUGUUAAGAAGAAGGUUGUGUUCACAGCGUCUCCAAAUACUCAGCACACCUCGAUGUUUGGAUGUCCCCGUGGUGUCUCACCAUGGGUGGCUCGAUACAUGAUCAGUGUCACGUCUAUGGAGGCACCGCAAAUUCUCCGACGUAUCAUUAUGUCUUUUUUGAACAAGGCUCCGACCGAGUUUCUCAACAUUGUGCGAUCGGUAUUGGAUUCUCCUACUGUAGAAGCUAGGAACGAGAGUACAACACUACCGGCUUCAUCCGCAACCAGGGAGCCAUUAAUGGUCACUCCGAUACAUAUCCUGGCUAUGGAUAUAUUCGCUCAUUGGCUGGUUUUGGUCAUGUUAUUGGAUGGGGUGUGGUGGAUCAGUAAUAUUGGACAGUGGGAGCUCAGCCAAGUCAUCUCUUUGAUGAAAACACAGAAUGUCCUCUCCCAGUUGGCUGACAGUAGCGAAAUGUGGUGGCCCGAGAGUAUGUACUUGGUUAAGCGAGAGCUCACGCCCGAUUCCUGGCAUUAA